CCUCUUGUCCAAGCAGAGUUGUGUAGAAACGACUCUUAACUGUUUUAAAUUGUCCAUGGCAACUCAUAAUUGCUAAACUAGGCGCGUUAAUAAACCGUAUAUUGGUUUUUGCACCAAAGUCAUGCCUCGUUACGAACUAGCACUCAUCCUGAAGGCGUUGAAGCGACCUGAGACCGCGGCUGUUGUACGGCGGACGGUGGAGACUUUGAUGGAGAGGGGCGCUGUGGUCAGAGAUCUGGAGAAUCUGGGAGAGAGACUGCUGCCUUAUAAGAUGUCUAAACACAACCAGAAGCACGAUAAGGGCACGUACUUUCUUGUGGACUUCUAUGCUUCCCCCAGCAUCUUGAAGAGUUUAAUGGAUCAUUUAAAUCGAGAUGUGGACGUGGUCAGGCCCUCUGUGCUGCUCAAGAAGGACGAAAAGGGUCCCAGUCAGAGCUGCUGUGGAUUCUGACACUGACAUGUAUUUCUUCCUUACGGCAGAUUGUUUUGUCUAUAUUUUCCAUUUUGUGUGAUUUACAAAUAAAUUAUUUCUAC